AAGCAUAGCACAGUCAGCUCUUCAGUCAAGAAGUCGAAGAAACCACAAAACCAACCAGCAAAAUGUUCAAACUGAUCGCUCUCGUGUCCGCCCUGUGCGCCGUUGCCAAUGCCGGAGUCAUCUCGCCCUAUAGCCACGGCUAUGGUCUGGGAUAUGGUGCCGCCCUGGCUCCCGCCUACGCCCCGGCCGUGAUCUCGCACGCCCCGAUCAUCAAGAGCUACGCCUCACCCAUUUUGGCCCACCACCCGGUGGCCACUUCGUACGCCAACACCUACAAGGUGGCCACCAAGGCCUAUCCGGUGGUGCAUGCCGCGCCCCUGGUGCACGCCGCUCCGCUCAUCCACUCGGCUCCGCUGAUACACGCCGCCCCGGCCCUGCACACCACCUCCACCUACCACGGCGGCUACGGCAGCUAUGGGGGAUACGGCAGCUACGGCAGUCUGGGAUACGCUGGCCUCGGCGGCCUCGGACACGGUGGAUACCUGCACUAAGGCGUGGAUUUCCACCUUCACACCACUCUGCGUUGACGACCCUCAUCAUCCAUAUCCAUCCAUCGAGAGACUCUGAAGUGAGAUUCAAGGCGGGACAUUCGCAUUUUGCUGCCGUCAAAGUGUGGAAGGCAUCGAAGGAACAAACUCCGCAUACCCCCGAAUUGUGUACAAAUUUCUAACCACUCAACACCCUCAAGCACAUAACUCCGAACCCAGAGACAGAGACAUCAGAGACCUAAGGGAGGAGGCACCGAGAGAACGAGAGAGACAGAGAGAGAGAGAGAAAGCGAGAAGAGAAGAUCAAGUUUCAAUGAUUUUGCUAUUUUCGGUGCAAAUUUCACUGCACUCAAGGCUUCGACACUUUUAUUUUGUAAAUAAACGAUGAACAAAAAACA